AUGGAGAAAAUACCUCAAACCAUACUGUUCCUUCUUCUACUGGUCUUCACUUUCGUUGCAGCUGAAAAUAGCACCGCACAUAGAGGUGGGGGUGGGGCAGACGAAUUCCAUGUAGGGGUGAUCCUUGACUUGGGUUCGUUGGUGGGGAAAGUAUCACUAGCCAGUAUUUCACUGGCUGUGGAAGAUUUCUAUUCAGUCCACCCCAACUACAGCACGAAGCUAGCCAUCCACGUCAGGGAUUCCAUGGGCAGUGAAGUCCAAGCUGUUUCAGCAGCUAUUGAAUUACGGGAGAACUACAAAGUGCAAGCCAUCAUUGGCCCGCAGAAAUCAUCGGAAGCUACAUUUAUAUCAAAACUUGGAAGUGUAACACAAGUACCUAUUGUAUCAUUCACAGCAACAAGCCCCUCUCUCACUUAUGAUAGUUCACCAUAUUUUGUGCGUGCGACAUUGAAUGACUCAGUUCAAGUGAAUAGUAUUGCCUCUCUUAUCAAAGCGUAUGGAUGGAGAGAGGUAGUGCUGGUAUAUGAUGACACUGACUAUGGGAGAGGCAUUCUACCACACCUCAUUGAUGCACUUCAACAUAGUGAUACUUAUGUUCCAUAUCGCAGUGGUAUCUCUUUGUCAGCAACAAGUGAAGACAUUAUGCAAGAACUAUACAAGUUAAUGGCAAUGCAAACAAGGGUAUUCAUUGUUCAUAUGUCAUCGACAAGGGCCUCUCUUAUCUUCACAAUGGCUAAGGAUGCAGGGAUGAUGAGCAAAGGAUUUGUGUGGAUCAUUACAAAUGGAUUAGCAAACAUCAUCGAUGUACUCAGUCCAUCUGUCAUUGAGGCAAUGAAUGGUGUAAUAGGAGUAAGAUUUCAUGUUCCCAAAUCACAAAAACUUGAUACUAGUUUCUUAAUAAGAUGGAACAAAAUUUACCAGCGAUAUAACCCUAUCCAAUUGCCACUUAAUAAAUCAAUAAGCAUAGUUGGGCUAUGGGCCUAUGAUACAGUUUGGGCUUUAGCACAGGCUGCAGAAAAGGUUGGGGUGUCUGGCAACAGAAAUAAGAGACUGCAGCCCCAUAAAAACUCUACAUGCUUGGACUCAUUGGCUAUUUCCAUAAAUGGUGCUGAGCUCCUAACAGAAAUUGUACAAAACAAAUUUCGAGGUAUAAGUGGAAACUUUGACCUUACAGAAAGACAAUUGCAAGUUUCUGUAUUACAAAUAAUAAAUGUCGUUGGAGGAACUUGGAGACAUGUUGGGUUUUGGACUUCGAAAAAUGGACUUUCACGGUACUUAAAUCAAAAUGAAUUGGAAAUAACAGGGUCAUCAGCCUCAAUGCCUGAUCUGAAUUCAGUAACUUGGCCAGGAGAAUCAACAGAAAUACCAAGGGGCUGGGAAUUUCCUGCAAGUGGUAAGAAGCUUAGGGUUGGUGUGACCUCAAGUGCAUAUCCAGAGUUUAUAAGCACAUCAAAGGAUCCUGUCACGAAUGCAACAAAAGUGAGUGGCCUUUCAAUAGACAUAUUUGAGAACGCACUAAAGAGGCUACCUUUUGCACUUAGCUAUGAAUACCAGGCAUUUGAUACAGCUGGAGAUUCAACGAGUUCAAGGAGUUAUAAUGAUUUCGUUUACCAAGUUUAUCUUCAGAGAUAUGACAUAGCAAUUGGAGAUAUAACAAUCAGAUACAACAGAACACUGUAUGUCGACUUCACAGUCCCAUACACAGAGUCAGGAGUGGCGAUGGUUGUUCCAUUGAAUGAAAAAAGGAACAAGGACAGGUGGAUUUUCUUGAAACCGCUAAGCAAAGGGAUGUGGUUUGGGAGCAUUAUAUUCUUUAUUUAUACAGGAGUUGCUAUCUGGCUGAUAGAGCGCCUAAAUGGAAAUGGACACCUACAAGAUCUCUUUUCAGCUAAACAGCUUGGAAUCAUAAUGUUUUCCCCCAUAUCAGAAGGGAGGGACAAGCUGGAAUGCUUUCUAGCUCAAAUAGUUCUACUUGUAUGGAUGUUCAUAUUUCUGGUGCUUACAUCGAGCUACACAGCAAACUUUGCAUCGAUGCUUACUGUACAGCAACUUUCACCAGCAGUGACUGACAUUCAUGAACUCCAGAAGCAAGGAGCGUAUGUAGGGUUCCACCGAGGUUCCUACAUAGAGGGCCUAUUGGAAGAUAUCGGUUUUCACGGAUCAAAGUUAAAACCCUUCGAUACGCCUGAUGAACUCCACAGUGCUCUUUCUAAUGGAAGCAAAAAAGGUGGUGUGGAUGUGCUCGUUCUUGAAGUCCCAUACAUCAAAUUGUUUCUUGAGAAGUACUGCAAUGGUUAUACAAUGGUUGGACCUAUUUACAAGAGUGCAGGCUUUGCAUUUGCACUUCCCAAACAAUCACCAUUACGUGCUGACAUAACAAGGGAGAUCCUCAACAUAACAGGAAAUGAUACUAUCAUUCGACUCGAAAAGAAAUGGAUUGAAAAAAAACAGUUGUCAAAAUGA